AUGAGACUGGCCGCGUAUGCUGGGGCCUCCGUGGUCCUAGCCACCGGUGUGUUCUUGAAAGCUCUACAUCAGAGAUCAAACUUCUACUCAGCUUGUGUUUAUCUCUCACAAAGUAGCGCCAAUCUCAUGAUCCUUACGAAUCUAUGCCUUCUCAUUACUGCCUUUGUCCUCUUUUGGCUACAGCGACUCCUUUACGGUCCUUUGCGUCCCAUCGAAACCGAACAGCUAUACGAACGGGCUUGGUUUGCCAUUACGGAGACAUGUUUGGCCAUGACCAUCUUCCGGGGCGAACUCGGAGGCUGGUUCUUGGUCAUGUUCGUUUCUCUGUUGGUCGGAAAGGUCUGGGGCUGGAUUGGUGAAGGCCGGGUGGAAUAUUUGGAGCAGCAACCCCCCGCGAACCCGCGACUCUUCCAUAUGCGAUUGGCCUUUUCGUUGGUGUUGUCGGUUCUUUUCAAUGCCUUCAUGCUUCGAUACUGCAUCGAUACCGUAUACCACCAAGCUCGGCCGGACAUGAUGGUCAUGUUUGGUUUCGAAUUUGCGAUUUUGACUAUCCUGUCCACUUCAACCACCGCUCGGUAUGGCAUUGCGCUGACGGAGAUCUACAUUACUCACCAGCAGAUGAAAGCGAAGAUGGAGGAACGUCGAGCAGAGAUUCGGGAAGCUCGUUUAGAAGCUAUUCGAGCCAAUGCGCGGGCUGGAGAGACCGCUCCUCCUACCGAUCUGCCUGAUGAGAACGACAUAAAUGAGCUGGAGAUCGAUGUCGCCGGCUGGGAAGAGAAAGGUCGCUGGGUCUUCUACCUCGAUCUCUUGACCGACUUUGUGAAGCUUCUGGUCUACUUGAUCUUCUUCGCGAUCCUCCUCACCUUCUACGGCUUGCCUAUUCACAUUUUGCGCGAUGUCGUUGUUACCAUCCGAUCGUUUGGUCGUCGAAUUAUGGACUUCCUCCGAUACCGCAAUGCCACCAGAGACAUGAAUGAGAGAUACCCGGAUGCCACGGCAGAAGAGGUUGGAAGAGAGGAAGUCUGCAUCAUUUGUCGAGAGGAUAUGGUUCCUGCAAAUCCUGCCCCGGCUGCUGAUGAUGCCCCGGCGGCCAACGCACGCCCUGUACCUGAUCGCUUGCGCCCCAAGAAGUUGCCUUGUGGCCAUAUCCUACACUUUGCGUGCCUCCGGAGCUGGUUGGAACGUCAACAAAAUUGCCCAACUUGCCGGCGCCCAGUAGUUGGAGCGGGUGCGCAAGGCACAGGUGGCAAUGCUGGUAAUGGUGGCCAACAGAAUGGUGCUGGAAACCAAGCACCUGGUCAGCCGGGUCAUGGAGAGGGACUGCCCAGAGCUCGUGUCUUCCAGUUUGGUCCCUUCCGAAUUGGAUUUGGCGCUGUGCGAGGCGAUCUUUUACAUAACUUGCAAAAUCAGAUUAACCAAGGCAACGCGGCCCCACAGGUUGCUGCCAAUGCCAACGCACAAGGAGCGCGCCAGGUCGGACUUGGCUUCGGAUUCGGUCGAGGACCUGCACCGGCCCCUCCAGGGGUUACUCAAAACCAACCUGCUGAAAGCCCUUCAACUUUGACCAAUAUCAAUGCUCAAUUGCAGCAAAUUGAACAGCAAAUUGCCCAGGAGGUGUUUGCUUUGCGCGCUGCGACAGAUCAACUUCGCCAUGUGCGCUCCCUUCAAAUGGAGCUGGACCGACUUCGCCUUAACCAAACCACUACUUCUACCAGUACACCAUCGCCACUUCCGGGUACUUCCAGCAUCACAACUCGACAACAAUUUGCGUCAAGCCCAGGCACGGUGCCAUUGAGUGCCGGAGAUGCUCGUCUACCAGAAGGGUUGAAUCUUCCAGCUGGCUGGACUCUUGUUCCGCUUCAGCCCACCAAUCCUAACGUUGCGAGCCCCUUCCGAGCCAGUUCAGUGCCCAGAAUCCCGCCUUUUCCACCGGGGGUCCCUAUACCGCACAUGACCGAUCCUUCUUUGCGAGAUCAUCCACUCUUCAACAGAGCAUUCCCAUCCCCCACCCGAACGGUUCCUGCGACCAAUGAUGGUCAGAAUGCCGGUGUUGAACCUGCUGCUGCGACCCCAGCUGAAAAUAGUACCGCGGCAGCUGAAACAACUCAACCGCUGCCUAGCUGGGGCACACCAAGUAUCUCGGCAGAGAAUCUCCCCGCCGACUCACUAUCUCAAGAGUGGACCGAUGUGCAACGAGAUCACAUUACCGACGCAGCUUCUUCUACAGCAGCCACAUGUGGCAGCUCUACAGAGACGGAGACAGAUAAGACGUCAGAGAAGGAAAACACAGCCGAAUCUGAAUCCGAGUCUGCAUCCAAGGGCAAAUCCCGGGCCGCCACAGUAGAGGAAGCAGAGGGCGACGAGUCUUGA